CUCAAGGUGUUUUAUGGUUUUAUUGUUCCUUUAUCCGUAUUUUGUGGCUAAAAUUUAGAGGAUUUAAAUUUUUUUUCCAACAUGACCAACAGUACCUCUGCUUCUAGCACCUCAACGUCAACAAAUACAAAACCAAAACCAUUGGAAAUUAAAGACAAGGUGCGAGUGCUGUGUCUUCAUGGAUAUCGCCAGAAUGGUGACGCGCUGAGAAAUAAACUGGGUUCAUUCCGGAAGUUCGCUAGCAAAUACGCAGAGUUCGUAUUGACAGCGCCACACCAAGCUGCUGCGCUAGAACCCGGUGCCGAACCAGUGCCAGAGCAACGCAGUUGGUGGGCAAAUAAAGACGAUGGUACCUUUAAGGGUACAAACAAAGGUGGACCGGCAUUUGGGUUUCAAGAGAGUUUGCGUUUGGUUGAAGAAGCGUGGAAAAUGCAAGGACCCUUUCAAGGAAUUUUAGGAUUUUCACAAGGGGCAUGUUUUGUUGGACUAAUAUGCGGCUUAGCUAAAAAGAAAUUAACAUCCUAUACGCCCCGAUUUCGCUAUACUAUCUCCGGGUUUAUUUCGGGGAGCUUAGUGCAUAAAAGUGCUUACGAAGAGGCAAUUUCAAUACCUACGCUGCACAUAUACGGUCAAACGGACGAUAUCAUACCCAAGGUGAUGAGUCAAGAUUUGGCCGCGAGCUUCAAGCAUGCCGAAAUAUUGGAACACCCAGGAGGGCACUACUUCCCGGCGACGGCACAACAAAAGCAAACCUAUAUCAACUUUUUCCAAGACCGAUUACAAGAGUACUUAGAAAACUUGGAGUUGCAGCAAUCGACCAAUGCUACGUUUGUAGAAGCAGCAGAUCAACAUAGCACUGCCGUAAGCAGUGGCAGCGAAGACACUGAUUAGAAGCUAUCAAGAAGGGAGAUAAUUGGCGAAUUUUUUUUCUGCAGUGACACGACAUUACAAUGUAUUUUCCACUCGAUUUUUUUAAUAUUUAAAUCUUAUUACAAUUAUGUUAAUUAAUUAAUAAAAUUAACCGAUAUAGUAA